CACCAUCGGCGUAGGAAGCGGGGGGGACGGGGGGGACAUGUCCCCCCCAAUAUUGAAGCCAGGUGGAUAUGUCCCCCCCAAAAAACUGUACCGCAAAAUAUUGGAUUUUGAAAUUUUUUUAACUAGCGUGCUUUUAUUUUGAAGGCGCAGCAUCGCGUUACGUCACUGUACUCCCCCUCCCCUCUCUGAACUGCUGAGUGAGCACUCAGAAGGGAGGGAAACAGCGACACAGAAGUCAGAAACUUGUGAAUGAGGAGCAACAAUGCAGGGACAGCACAAAGGAGACAGGAAAAGGAGAGGAUAGUGCAACCGGGCUAGAGGCAGGAAGUCAGAGUGAGGGAGAGACAGGAGUGGAGCAACAGGGAGUUCAGACUAGGGACACACAGCUGAGAGACUCUGAAGUCAGUGGACAGAGAACAGAGCCAAAUCAGCCACAUCCAAAAUUCAUAGACCCUCAAGCUCUAGCCAACAGAACUUUACAUUUCCAAGGAAAGUGGUACAAGGAAUUUCCCUGGCUACAUUAUGAUGCAGUGAAAAAGGGCAUUUUGUGUUUUUAUUGCAUGGCAAUUUACCAGGACAAACUCACACCAUUUGGUGCAAAAUCCGAACCCGCCUUUAUCACUUCUGGAUUUAAAAAUUGGAAAAAAGCAUUCGAAAAAUUUAAAGCACAUGAAAAUAGUCACACACAUCAUCAUGCUGUUUCUGUGACUGCACAAGAAAGUCAUCCUAUAAAUGCCCAAUUAUCCAGUGCUUUGGCAACUCAGCAAGGUGACAAUAGGCACUGUCUGGAGAAAAUUGUGAGCUCCAUAAAAUAUUUGGCACGGCAGGGACAAGCUUUGAGAGGGCAUGACGAUGAUGACAGCAAUUUGUAUCAACUGUUGAAAAAUCUGGCAGAAGAUGAUGCCCUUUUGGCUAAGUGGUUGCUGAGGUCUCAGAAAGAAUACCUAAGUCCACAGAUACAGAAUGAAAUCUUGUGUUCUAUGAGCAAUAGUAUUGUCAGUGAAAUAGCAGAUACAAUCAGAAACCUACCAAUUUUUGAGUUUGCAAUUAUUAUGGAUGGAACACAGGACAUUUCUGGGAAAGAACAAGAAAGCAUUUGUCUGCGAUACAUUGACAGUGACAUGAAGCCCCAUGAAGAGUUUAUUGGCUUGUACUCAGUUUCUGAAACAACAGGAAAAAGCCUUGCUGCUGUUGUUAAAGAUGUGCUGCUCAGAUUAAACUUACCAAUGCAUGGUUUACGAGGUCAAACUUAUGAUGGAGCAGCCAAUAUGUCUGGGAAGCAUGCAGGUGCACAGGCACUGAUAAAGCAAGAGCAGCCACUAGCACUUUUUGUUCAUUGUGGAGCACACUGCACUAAUUUAAUUGCACAGAAAGCUUGCUUAGCCUCAGUUCUGAUCAGAGACGCAUUGGAUUGGGUGAACCAGCUUGGAGUUCUUUUCUCUCAGUCAGGGAAGUUUAAGGCAAUCCAUGCAGCAACAGCACAUACAGAGAAUCCAUCGUGCACUGCAAUAAAACCCCUCUGCCCCACAAGAUGGGCAGUACGGAGCAAAGCAAUCAGAGAUGUUUUGUCACAGUAUGGGUCAGUGCUGGCUAGCUUGCAGGAGAUGGCUUCUGGUGCCUCAAACACAGCAUCCACUGCUAAUGGACUGCUGGGGCAGUUUAGGAAAGGUAAAACAGUUUUGGGUCUCAUCCUUGCCUCACCUGUGAUUGAUAAGCUUGAAUGCCUGAGCAUCUCUUUCCAGAAGAGAACUCAAACCAUUGCUGGAAUGAGGACUGCUGUGAAAGUUGUUCAGACUUCACUUAAGGCUAAAAGAAAUCAAGAAAGUUUCAACGCUCUUUUUGAAAAGGCGAUGGCUGAGGUUCAGUCUUUGGGUGUUAAACCCAUCACAGUUACACAGAGAAGGCCACCCCCAAAACGCUUCACUGAAGGAGCUAAGACACAUCAACCUGAAUGUGCCAAGGACCACUACAGAGGUGAAUUCUUUAAAGUAUUGGAUGUUGUAGAUGCACAGCUCACUGGGCUAUUUAACCAGGAUGACUUGCUGACUUUGCAAAAGUUGGAAGAGACACUUCUCAGUGGAACGAUUGAUGCUGCAGUCAUUGGGAAAUACCCAGAGUUGAAUAGAGAGUUACUUUCAGUGCAACUUUCUAUGUUUAGACUGAACUACUCAUUUAGCAACAGCGCAGAAGCUGCAGGGAUCAUUGGUGGACUGCCUGGAGAGGUCCGUAGACUUUUUGGGCAAGUGGAAACUCUGGUCAGGUUGCUUUUGGUAGUCCCCGUUUCAUCCUCUGAGGCAGAGAGAAGUUUCAGUGCGCUUCGUAGACUCAAAACGUGGCUCCGGUCUACAAUGACUCAAAACAGGCUUAAUCAUGUUGCUGUCUGUCAUGUACAUAAAGAUAAACUUGAUUUACUGGACAAGAAGUCAAUUUGCAAGCAAUUUGUGGCUGCAAAUGAAAGGCGGAAAAAACAUUUUGGCUCUUUUGCCUAAGCCAGUGUUUGCCAUCCUUUUAUGUGUCCGGCACAUUUUUGGCGAAUUAUAAAUGCAUGGCUGUAAAGUGCAAUUGUUCAGAAGCACAGAGGUGUUGAUCUCUAUCUAGGG